AUGAAGAUAAAAUCUAAAUCUUUUUCAGAAUGUUACGCUGACUUCUUCAGAGAAGACUUUGAUGUGAAAGCUUACACUUCCCAGUCUAUCCAUCAGGCUGUGAUAGCUGAGCAACUAGCAAAACUUGCUCAAGGCAUUAGUCAGUUGGAUAAAGAGCUUCAUUUACAAGUUGUUGCAAGACAUGAAGACCUGUUGGCCCAAGCAACUGGAAUUGAAUCCCUGGAAGGUGUCCUCCAAAUGAUGCAGACUAGAAUUGGUGCUCUACAGAGUACUGUUGAUAGAAUUAGAGUCAAAAUUGUUGACCCCUACAACAAAAUAGUGUCUCGCACAGCUCAGCUAGCAAAACUUCAAGCUGCCUGUGACUUGCUGCGGAGGAUAAUACGCAUCUUAUAUCUCAGUAAGAGACUUCAAGGACAACUGCAAGGAGGAAGCAGAGAGAUAACAAAAGCUGCCCAGAGUCUCAAUGAACUUGAUUACCUUUCUCAAGGGAUAGAUCUCUCUGGAAUAGAAGUAAUUGAAAAUGACCUGCUUUUUAUUGCAAGAGCUCGGCUUGAGGUGGAAAAUCAGGCUAAAAGGUUGCUUGAGCAAGGUGUGGAGACUCAGAAUCCUACUCAAGUGGGAACUGCUCUUCAGGUUUUCCAUAACCUUGGGACUUUGAAGGAUACCAUUGCUAAUGUGGUGGAUGGAUACUGCUCAGUCCUGGAGGAGAACAUAAAAAAUGCUUUGGAUAUCAAAGUAUUGACCCAACCAUCUCAAACUGUUACGAGAGGUGGCCCUGGUAGAGCUGCUAUGCCAACACCUGGGAACACAGCAGCUUUUCGAGCAGCCCUCUGGACAAACAUGGAGAAACUCAUGGAUCAGAUCUGUGCUGCUUGCGGGCAGGUGCAGCAUUUGCAGAAAGUAUUGACAAAGAAAAGAGAUCCUGUGUCACAUGUCUGCUUCAUAGAGGAAAUAGUUAAGGAUGGCCAGUCUGAUAUUUUGUACAAAUUUUGGACUGCAGUAACUCAGACACUUUCCUCUCAGUUUCAGUCAGCAACAGAGUCCUCUAUGUUUUUGAAACAAGCUUUUGAAGGAGAAUACCCUAAAUUACUGAGGCUUUAUAAUGACUUGUGGAAGCGCUUGCAACAGUAUAGUCAAAAUAUUCAGAGGAAUUUUAACACAAGUGGAACUACUGAUCUCUUUGCUGAACUACAACAAAUGGAAGAAGAUACACAGGACAUAUUCAUGCAAAAAACCCAAGAUUAUGAUCCAGAAAAGGCCUUGAAAGAUUCACUGCAACAAUAUGAAGCUGCUUAUCUGUCAAAAUCCUUAUCUCGACUCUUUGACCCCAUCAAUCUUGUCUUCCCUCCUGGAGGUCGUAAUCCUCCUUCUUCUGAUGAGCUUGACAGCAUCAUUAAAACUAUAGCCAGUGAGCUAAAUGUGGCUGCUGUUGAUCCAGACCUGAGUUUAGCUGUGGCAAAGAAUGUGGCGAAGACCAUUCAGCUCUAUGGUGUGAAGUCUGAGCAGCUUCUGUCUACUCAAGGAGAUGCCAGCCAGGUGAUUGGACCACUCACAGAGGGACAGAGGAGGAACGUGGCUGUAGUUAAUUCGCUAUACAAACUGCACCAAGCGGUUCUGAAGGUCAUUACCAAUCAGAGCUCAUUUCCAGCAGCCGCUGAGCAGACAGUCACAACUGCCUUAAAGGCAGUCCAUGAUCUAAUGGGUAGUGCUGUUCAACCAUUACUGAACUCUGUAGGAGACUCAGUAGAAGCUAUUAUCAUCACUAUGCACCAGGAAGAUUUUUCUGGAUCAUUAUCUAGCUCAGGAAAACCAGAUGUCCCUUGUUCUCUGUACAUGAAAGAACUUCAGGGUUUUAUAGCAAGAGUCAUGAGCGACUACUUCAGACAUUUUGAGUGUUUUGACUUUGUCUUUGAUAACACUGAAGCCAUGGCUCAAAGAGCAAUUGAACUUUUCAUUCGCCAUGCCAGUCUAAUAAGGCCCCUUGGUGAAGGUGGGAAGAUGCGGCUUGCAGCGGAUUUUGCACAGAUGGAGUUAGCAGUAGCACCACUGUGUCGGCGAGUCUCUGACCUAGGAAAAUCUUACAGGCAGCUGAGGUCAUUCAGACCGCUGCUGUUCCAGACCAGCGAGCACAUUGCCAGUAGCCCAGCUCUGGGAGAGGUUAUUCCAUACAGCAUUAUUCUUCAGUUCUUAUUUACAAGAGCACCACCAGAGUUAAAAUCACCCUUCCAGAGGGCUGAGUGGUCCAUUGCCCGCUACUCCCAGUGGCUUGAUGAUCAUCCAUCUGAAAAAGACAGGCUUGCUCUCAUACGCGGUGCACUGGAAGCUUACGUUCAAUCAGUACGAACGAGGGAGGGAAAGGAGUUUGCACCAGUCUAUCCCAUAAUGGUUCAGCUGCUGCAGAAAGCGAUGUCGACCCUCCAGUGACUGUAUCUGGACAACUCUCACAGUAGGGAACGGACGCUGACACAGUCACGGGCCUUUGGUGCCACAGACGUACUUACGGUUCACGUAAGUGAUCCCCUAACACUGCAGCUUUACGAUGAAAUGUGUUUUCCUGCUUCCUCUAUGAAGCUUCUGUCUUCUUGCUUUACGUUUGCAUUACGGGGAGUUAAUUAUACACAAAUAUUAUAAGGAAGUCGUACAAAUUUUAUGUGCUGUAAAUCUACAUCUAAUAAAAAUGAAUCAUUCUUUAGCAUUCCUUUUGAAUUUAGAAAGGUGUAAAAUUAGAACAUACUCCAAUUUUACAGUGUAAUUGCUGAAUCUCAAAUAAGGCAGUAGCUCUUUUCCUACAAGUGUCGUUUUGAACAGUUGGAUACAUUUUAGCCUUAUUCAGGAAAUUGUACUUUUGAAAUGCUAGAAUCAUCAGUUUCCAUCUAAAAAUCACUAAUUUUAACACAAGGAACAAUAUUUAUAAAUAACAUAAAUGUUUCUCUACUGCACUGCUAUUCACUUUGAAAUAAUUUAUAUUGAUUGCAACUCUCUUUGCUUAAACUGUAAUAAAGAACCUUGACCACCCAGUCCUGAAUUCAGUAUGUAAAAUUCUUCAGCAGCUUCCUAACAAGAGAACAUCAAAAUAUACUUCGCAUGGGUUCACGUAAAGACUUCCCCGCAGAACGUGCUCGUCUCUGCGGGGCUGACUUAAUGAUUAGUCAUCUUCAUUUUAUAAAAUACGCCACACCAAAUUUUAAUGAAUUUAUUUGAAAUAAUAUACAAGAAUAUAGUGUGCAAAAAUCUUAGGGGCAACAUCAUGUAGACAUGUGUCAUAAACUGAAAUUUACAGUUGUGAUUCUUAAAAAAAAAAAAAAAAAGAAACACACAGCUGUUUAGUACAUGAAAAGCCAUGAUUGUAAAAGUUCACAGCAGAAGCAGUUGUAAUCCUAACGCAGCUGCUCUAAUUUUAGACAGUUGGAGGAAAAAAAAAGUAAAGUGCAAGUGUUGCACGUAUAGUUAAGUGCAAAGUUUGCCCCCACCGUAAAGAUGUCUUAUGGCAAAAUAAAAUAUUGUAGAAUAUGUGGCAAAGACAAAACACAGAGAUAAAACUCGGAUGGUGACAAUAUCAACAGCACCAUUCUUGAGAUAACGCUAUUUAUUCGUUUCAUCCUGGCCUGGGCCGUUGUUUCCACUGGAACGAACAGCUCUCACUAUUGCCAGCUGGUGCAAAACAUCUCGCUUGUGGAUACAAGUUAUAUCGGUGGCAACCCAAGCAGCAGCUCCUGUGCUACCUUACACUACGCUCUCCACUUACUUACCACACGUUCCGGUAACUUGUUGGCAUCUGGGCAGGCUGGGAAGCUAGAGGCUGAGAAUACAUUUUGCCAUUUCAGAAAAUCCCAGGUUCCAGAAUCGUAACUAAUAAUAUGGUUGUGCAAUACAUAUUAAUCAGCAAUAAGAAUCAAUGUAUAUAAACAGCUGUUACAUAUUUCAAAAUUCCCCUUUUUGUACAUUUUCUUUUAAAAAUAAACAUUUAUACACGUCUCCUUCGCCUCUUUC